UUUCCUCAGAAGCGAAAAGGCGUUCAUAUUUGAAUUUACUCUAUGGGUUACCAAGGUUUAAAACUUUAGCAAAAACUCUUAUUUAUCUUUCCCCACGAGAAAAUCUGGGCUCUGCCUUUUUCUUAUUUUACUUUCCCUUAGUGGCCUUCGCCUGAAACGAAGCAGAGCAUACUACGUUUCCCGUUUUUAUUAUAAUUUUUAAGCUUAUAUUUUGCACAGUUGAUAGCCACACCUAAUCUUUUACGAUUGAAUUCAGAUAGAUUUUGCAUCUAAAUAUAUUUUCUCUUGAUUUCAGGCAAUUUCCGAGAGCUGCGAUUUUUGCCCCCUACCUAGUUCAAACAAAGUCAUGUAAGGUCAAGUACGGAUAAAUUAAGUUAUUUUCAUCUCCAUCCGAGUCUUUGGCAGCGCUGAUUUUUUAAACACGUUUUAUUUAUUCAAGCUACUUAGCACACCCCAUUAGCAGACUGACAAUCGUCAAAAACAACAUGGCCGUCCAAAUAGUGUUGAUUUCUGGCUGCUCUAGUGGCAUUGGACUCGCUACAGCUGUGUUUCUCGCCAAAGAUGCCGAGAAACGCUUCAAGGUUUAUGCCACCAUUAACAAUGCAGGAAUCGGCUUAAUGACUGCGCUUGAAUGUGUUCCUAUUCAAAUGGCUAAGGAACUGUUUGAAGUGAAUUACUUUGGAGCAUUUAGGUUAAUCAAGGCCGUGCUACCAAGCAUGAAAGCGAGGCAGAGUGGGCUGAUCAUCAACAACAGCAGUCAUUUUGGCAUCGUAGGAGUUCCUUUUGUGGAAAUUUACUGCUCAUCCAAGUUUGCAAUUGAGGGUCUGACGGAAAGCAUAGCUCCCAUUCUGCGACAGUUCAACAUCAGAUGCUGCCUGUUGGAGCCAGGCCCCGUGCAGACUAGUAUUGUACCCAAAGCAAACGAAUGGUGCGAAGCUGGGGCGGACUUGACGACCUUAGAUCCAAAGACAAAGGAUAUAAUGGCAACUGUAUUCUCCAACGUACAAAGUACCUUCAACACCGCCAUGCAGAGUUGUGAAGAAGUUGCGCAAAUUGUGCUUGAAAUAAUCUUAGGAGAAAAGACAAAUUUGCGACAUCAAACCAACGACAAAUUUGGACCUGGUGAAAUCCCUGCCAAAUUAUCUGAUCGCACAGGAAAUACAUCAGUUGAUAUUAUAUCAAAGCACUAUUUGGGAAAAUAAAAUAUCUGUUUUAAACAGAAAUGGUUCUUAAUAAUAGAGCUCUUUAUAGUAACUGGCGUAUGAAAAUCAGCCUUUAAUAUUAUGUAUGACUUAAGAUGAAUCAAUGUUACUCUUUCAUAAAGUUUGACCCUAGAUAUAAUAAAAGAGAAGAUGUCUAGUCA